AUUGCAACCCAAAAUUGGGCCACUAGGAAUAAAGUUUUGCAAUUUAUUUCAAAAACAAAUAUAAGUAUGUUCCUUUUGUGACUCUCCUUGCAAGAAAGGAACAAAGCUGAUAAAAACUACAAAAUCAAAUCUUCACCGAACAACAUAUGGAAACAUUGAUGGCUAAAGGCAAGGCUGGUGAGUCUAAUCCUUAUACUGGUUUAGGAUUAGACGAGUCUGGUAAUUGGCUUCCUGGUAGUCCUAGAGUUCUAUCUCUUCUAUCUUCUGUUCUCGAAAGAUCGGUACGAGGGAACGAAAAGUUAUUGGCGGGAUCGAAAAUUAAGGAUGUUAUUACCAUAUUCCAUGGUUCAAGAGCACCUUCCUUGAACCUUAGACAGUAUGUCGAACGCAUCUUCAAGUACUGUAAAUGCAGCAAUUCUUGCUUUGUCGUUGCUGUUAUAUAUAUUGACAGGUUCCUGCAACGAAUCGACGCUUACCUUACUUCACUCAGCGUGCAUCGUCUCUUGAUUACGAGUGUCAUGGUAGCUGCAAAGUUUAUGGAUGACCAGCAUUAUAACAAUGCGUAUUACGCCAAAGUGGGGGGAAUUAGCAGAGAAGAAAUGAACAGAUUGGAGAUGAGGUUUUUAUUCGAUUUGGAUUUUCAACUUAAUGUCACGACUGAGGUCUUCAACAAGUAUUGGCUUAUGAUCCAACAGGAAGGUGGUCUGGAAACCCAAACUGCUCUGCAAACUCAAGGCUAUUGCUUGAAGAAAGAUGAAACCGGACGAGGCCGCCGACUCACCGGUGUUCAUAGAGGCAGAGCCCUAUAAUGUUAACUACGGUGACCUAAACAAAUCAAAGACCCAAAGUUCAAAUCCCUCUCCGUCAGAAUGGUUCAAUUGCUGCAUAGAGAUGAUUUGGCAUAUACUAAACCGUUUUAAUAUCAGAAUAUUUAAUUUACAUCCACAUCCAAUUUAUAUAACAAUGAUCCAUUUGAAAAGCAA